CCCCUCCCCUCCCCUGGUGUUCAUGCACCAUUUAGAUUGCUAAUUACGUCCUCCAGGGGCUACAUGGCUGUCCUCGUCGUGUUGUACUGACAGUAGCGUAGCCAGAAGUUUGCGUGACUACGUUCGUAUUGACGAAGACCCUGGUGCCCUGUCUUCGAGAAACUUUCUGCACUUGAUGGGGAAUUUAUGAACGAGGCUGAAUUGUCAGGGCGCUUGGUAUAGCUUUUGCGGAGACGUUUCUGACAGGAGUGGCCAAUUCAUGCGAGGUUUAAUUCGUUAACGCGGAUUAUUAGAGCUGAUCAACCGUCACUCUGGUUCUUGUUUUCAUUAAUUGCUGUUUUGGUGUUUUUAUUGCUGUCUCUCCUGCAGGAAAAACAGCGAAACUCUUUUGGAUUUGAACUUUAAGGUGUUCCGGAACCAGACUGCAACCGUUGUGGCAUUCAUGGUGGAUCACUAGAACUUUCAAGUGCAGAAGCUUGUUCACCUCGUAUGUUUUGGGUGCGCAUCGCUGCAUCGCUCUUGCAGGUUCCUAACCUUAUUUUUUUUAUCCUCGGAAGAGUGACAACGGAAUGGAUUGGAGUAGUGUCGUAGAAAGUCUGGAAGAGUUGUAGAAAAUAAGCGCAGAAAGAGGUGCAUGAGUCUCUCAGAAGCUGUAGCAAUAACUGGAAGAGGUGGUCCGAAAGGAAGGGGAGAGGACAGUGUAGAGGGCGUGAAGCACUCGACCAGUUCGUUAAUUAGCACUAUUGACCCAAGCUGUUGAUGGUCAUCAGAUUCAGCAUUAUUUAGGAACGUCAAGCAAGAGCAGAUGUGCGCUUCAUGAUUAGUGCUAGGGAUGUGUAGUGUGCGAAUGAUUGUGCAGCAAGGAGUUUUUGAAAUUCUCUUUGUAUUUGCAGCAAACCCCAGGAAUCAAUGGUCAUUGUGGGGAAGCACUAUCACCAAAGGUAGCCUAGAUCGAUUUUAAAUGGGAAACUAGGAACAUCAUGCUGCGGAUGUCUACGAAAUCAUGUCUACAGAUGAUGAUUGUCGAAUGUAGAAGCUUCUGGAGGUAUAAAUGGCGAAGAGGGAAGGUGGAUUCAGCUCGUGGCUUCAGCGGGUCAGGCAAACGGGAGAGUACAGUGAUGUCACUGUUCAAGUGGAAGGAGAGGAGUUCCGCCUCCACCUGCUUCCGCUUCUGAACGCAAGCACUUACUUUCGCAACCUCAUUAGCAGCCCAAACUGGUCUUCUAAUGCAAGUGACCAGAGAUCAUCCAGGAUCAUCUCCCUCUCUGGUUUACCAGGUGGAGCGGAAGGAUUUAGAGUUGCUGUCGAUUAUUGCUACCUCAUCAAACCGAACUACACUGUGCAAAAUGUAGCGCAGAUCCGAGCUGCAGCGGAGUAUCUCGGCAUGUCUCCUGUUCUGGAAAGCACUAAGAAAUUUCUCUACACAAACAUCUUUGCACAUUGGCGAGCAAGCGUCGGAUAUCUUCACCAGUAUCAGCCCUUAGGUUCCCCUGUGGAUGAGUACAUUGAAACGCGGUGUUUAAAGGUUUUAGUUGCAGCGCUAGCUAGAGCAUUUGGUGAAACAAAGCAUCUGUCUGCACCAUCGCCGCUUACAACGGGGAAUUUGCAAAGCUCCACAUGCGUCGCGCUUGCGGAGAUUCUGGUUAGGGUUGCCUCGUUGCCUGACACUUACGCUAGCGAGGCUUUGGAUGCAUUGGUGGAAGCGGAUGUGAAUUUGAAUGUAAAGUGCCGGCAAGGGAGAAAUGUACGUGGGUGGUUGGGGAGCGUUGUGGAUGAUGAGUGUACAACAGUAAGGGCAAGGUGUUGGAUCGUGCUCUGCUUGUCGCGGAUGCUUGAAAGAGGUGCCCCGGAUACUCGCCCAUGGCUGGAACUUUCGUCGCAGUACUGGUGCAGUCUUUUGGAGCACGUAGACCAUCUCGUUUCCGCGGUUGCCGACAACGAAGUCAUGCAGGUGAGGCUCAUUGACAUGAAAAUGAUACUAGAACGACGGAUCGGAGCGAGCCUGGACGAGCUAGACGAGUAUUUGCACGUGUACAAGUUCGGACCUGAUACAUUGAUGGCAAUGGUGAAGCAUUACCUGAACGAAGGUCACCACGACCCCGACUCCGACUCCAUUGAAGAGAUCGCUGGUGAAGUUGACAAGUUUCUGUGGAUGUAUGCGGAGGCAGGUUCUAUCAAUGUGGAGACAUUUGUGUCUCUGUUCAAGGCAUUUCCAAGUUCGACACGCCUAUCGCACGACACUAUAUUCGGCGCAAUAGAAAAGCUUUUGACGACGAUGACGGAUGCGACACCCGAGGAAAAGCAGAUUCUUUGGCGGCUCGUCGAUCCCGCCAAGCUUAGUCCCGCUGUUAAUGAAAAAGCUUUAAACAAUCCAGGAUUCUUAAGCCAACCUCACGUCCUAGAGAUGGUGUUGCAAAAGCAUAGUGAAGACUUGGCCAAAGUGCCGGACACAGAUGCUCAGAAUAUGAGACACAUCAUGCAGAAGGUGAUCAACGCUAGCCUUAAGCUACUGGAAGAGAAUUCACGCCGGUCUCAAGAGAUUGUAGAGCUCCAACAACAAUAUUCUGCGCUGCUGGGAGGGAAGAUAUGUCAUUUGCAAGAUAGCUGCGAGAGCAGUCCCAGCACAUGUUGGAGACCGAGUCUGACAAUUACUCACAAGUCCAUGGUGCACGAAACUGAGACCGAAGGCUCGGAAUUCUCGGAAACGCCAUCGGUGGCUACUUUGAGCUCCAUAGAACCCAGACUGCAUUUGCGAGAAAUUGACUAAGGCGAGUGCAACUCCAACCUUUUCUGCCAGAUCUAACUUCUGGGUCCUUCAGACUCGAUCGAGUACCAAGCCUGUAGAGGUCAGACCCAACAGGGAGCUAUUCGCUGAUUCACACGUUCAAACCACAUUGGAAUUGCCAUAAAUUCUGCAACGCCUAGUGCUACCUCGAGGCAGUUGGCAGUAUUUCCAAGAAGCCUGCCACUGCCUUCCAUGUUUUUCUCCGCUCAACCCAUGAGUUGUGUUAGUUGUGUUCUUAGGAUAGCAUCAAAAAACUAAUUCCUGUCUAUUCAUCAUAGAUGCCUCAUAAAGAUCAGUGUGCUAGAAGUAAGCACUAAAGUGCUGAAAAAAUGUAGUUGAUACACGUACAUUUUCUUGAACAGGCAAAACUUUCAGAUUGGCUUUCCCUGCUGGCAAUCGUUUAUUUAUUGGGGCGUUAGCUGAAGAGAAACGUAGCGAAAAUUACUUCUAAAUACGUUCCAACGAAGCCAGCAAUUCUAAGUAGGCUCUGGAUACAGCUGGGUCAACCCGUGGCGUUCACGGUAUUAAAUUUCUUCAGUGAGCUUUUUCUGUGCUGAAGUUUCUACUCUGGCUGAUUUCUUUUGUACUACUGAGGAUAUGGUCUACAAUUGUAUUGCGUUCAAUAGAAAAUAAAUUCAUGCGAUAAUUAACAGAA